AUGACAGGAACCAGUCUGGAGGAGCUGCUGAGAGACCUGGGACUGGAAGACCACCUGCAGAACAAGCUGACUCUGAGCCAGGUGCUGCAGAUUGAUGGAGAGACUUUAUCUGAUGAAAGCAUGCAGUCUCUAAAAUCCCUGCCAUGGUGUUUCCUGAGGAAGCUGAUGAUGGUGAAUGAGUCCUUUCGUAGAAUGAGCUGCUCCUCAGAACAGGACACAGAGCCCCAAAACCUGGAUAGCUCACUGGACACCAUGGACAAUCCACAGGACCACAGCAACAGAGUCAACCCCCUGGACCUCAUAACUGCUGUAUUUCUGUGCUCAGAUGGCUUUCUCCAGCAGGAGAUGGCUUUGAAAAUGUCCAUGUGCCAGUUCUCUGUGCCUCUGCUGCUUCCUACAUGUGAUACCCAGCAGUGCACUUUAAUGCUGUGGGCCAUGAGGGAUAUUGUGAAAAAGUACAAGCCACACUCUUUGGAUGACCAAAGAGGGUUUGUGGAGGAGAGCAUUGUUCUCUCUGACCUCCCCAUGGUCUCUUUUGUGAGGCUGGGAAACUGCAGCAUGUCCAAGUCUCACAUUCUGAACCAGGUCCUCAGCAACCCUCAGCAGUACCAGGGCACCUUUGUUCACAAAAACAUGGAGUGUGGUGACACCCCAAGGAGGAUUUCCAAUGGGCUGGUGGAAAUCAGCUGGUAUCUGCCCAGUGGGAACAAAAAAAUUGACAUCUUCUCUGAGCCUCUGGCUGUAGCUAACCUCCGUGGGGACCUCAGAGACUUUGAAACUCAGUACACUUUCCUCUGCCACACAUCUACUGCUAUAUUUGUGUUUUGCGAUGACUUUAAGUUUGAACAAAGAUUUCUGGAAUCUAAGCAAUUUAAGACUCAUUGGAUUUUGAUCACCAAUUCACAGAGCCAGAGCUUCAAUGAGGAUGACUUCAGGAGAUGUGUUUCUGAGAUAAAACCCAGCAACAUCAUCAAAAAGCAUCAGCGGAUGAAUGAUGCAGAAUUCAACAAAAAACUGUGUUCGGCUAUCUGUGGAAUUUUAAACAAAAACAUUCAAAUGAGCAUUGAAAGGAUGUCUACUCUUGCAUAUGAGCUUGGGAUCCAUGUUGAUGAAGAAUACAUCCACUGUAAGAGCGGCAAGCAGAAGGCUGAUGAAAUCACAGGAGGAAUAUCUGACAUAUCGAGCUUCAAGGAGAAAGAGCUGCCCUUGCAAGGGACUGCAUGGAAACAGCUGGCCAAACUGGAGAAGGAACAGUGCAGGAUGAAAAAUGCUGGUGAGAAAAACAUAGAAGUUUACAAGAAUGAGCUUGAAGAUCAGAGGCAGAAGCUCAGAGAACAGCAGAGGGCUCACAGCAUCUCCGAUUCUAUGUCCCGUUUCAUCUCCGCGAUGUGCAAUUCCACAGAGGAGUGCAAGUAUUUCCUCAAGUGGAUGAGGAUCAAUCUGGAUAAUCUGUCACGCACACACCUUCCACCUCUUCGGGCAAAGUACAAGGAACAGUGUCAGAGUUCCUCAGAAAACAAGGAGCUCAUUGCUAAGUUGGACAGGGAGAUCUCCAGCUGCUCCUUGGGGACGGAGCACUUCCUGAGGGAAAUGGGUCAGCUGUACGAGUCGGCCUGCUCACUCCCCAAAGCCCUCGCCCCAGAGAUUAAGCGUCUGCCACGUCUCUGUGCAAGGCUGCUACAGGAGGGCUUUCCUCUGGAGCUGGUGGAUGGAGACUCAAGCAAUAUUCCUCUGGAGUGGGUGACACAGGUUCUGAAAGAACUCCAUGAUCUCACUCAGGAUAAAUGUAAGAUCCAGGUGAUCACUGUACUGGGGGUACAGAGCACUGGGAAGUCCACCCUCCUGAACACCAUGUUUGGGGUCCAGUUUGCUGUCAGCAGUGGCAGGUGCACCAGAGGAGCCUUCAUGCUCCUCAUCAGAGUGAAAGAGGAUUUUAAGAGGCAGCUUGGGUGUGAUUACAUCAUGGUUAUUGACACUGAAGGUUUGAAGGCACCACAGUUGGCACAGCUGGAUGACAGUCAUGAGCAUGAUAAUGAACUGGCCACUCUGGUGGUGGGGCUGAGUGACAUCACAGUCAUCAACAUCGCCAUGGAGAAUUCCACGGAAAUGAAUGAUAUCCUCCAGAUUGUGGUGCACGCCUUCCUGCGCAUGAAAGAAGUUGGGAGAAAACCCUGCUGUCAGUUUGUGCACCAGAAUGUGCCAGACAUCUCUGCCCAUGACAGUAACAUGAGAGACAGGAAACUUCUGCUGGAGCAGCUGAAUGAGAUGACCCAAGCAGCAGCUAAGAUGGAAAAGAAGGGAAACGACUACACAUUUACUGAUAUCAUGGAGUAUGAUCCAGAGAGAAACACCUGGCACAUCCCUGGGCUCUGGAAUGGCAACCCUCCCAUGGCCCCUGUCAAUGUUGGCUACAGUGAGUCUGUGGAUCAUUUCAAGAGGAGUGUGAUUGAGAUGUUUAUGGAACAAAAAUCUGGAGACAGCUCAGCACACACAAUCAUUGAGUUCCUUGAAUGGACCAAGAGCUUAUGGCAAGCAGUGAAGCAUGAGAACUUUAUCUUCAGUUUCCGCAACAGCCUUGUAGCUGAAGCUUAUGCUCAGCUUUGCACUGAGUUCAACCAAUGGGAUUGGGCCUUCAGGAAAAACAUGUACUCCUGGCUAAUGGAAGCUGAGACAAAGGUGUCAAACUUUGGCACAGAAGCAGAAUUUAAGAAUUUGGAUGAGUUACUGAUCCACCUGACAAAUGAGGCCUUUGCGGAACUGAAUAAAGGGGAAACACUCAUUUUGGUCAACAUCACUGAAUUCUACAAGAGGCAAGAGGGACAUGUUCACUUGGUAGAGAAGUACAAGGAGGACUUCAACAUCACAGCCAAAACCAUCAGGAGGGAGACAGAGAACUCUGUGAAAAACAAGCUUGAAGCAGCGGUGGAGAUCAGAAAGGAUAUGUUCAUGUUAGAGAACAUGAAGAAAAAACACACAGCCAAAAUGGAGAAAAAGGUGCUGGAGCUGAUUGAGAAAUGCAGAACAAGUAUAGAUCUGUCUGAUCAACAGCUGGAGGAUGAAUUUGAGAAGAUGUGGAAGGAGACUGUAGCAGAGCUGCGGUUCCCUGGCAUGGAAGAACGAGACAUUGUGCAAGACAUCUACAACCAGCUGUGGGUUAACUUAGAGAUGAAAGGCAGCUCAGUUUGUGAAAAACUGUCAAAAGUGGGCAACUUGUCUGAAUAUGGAAGAGAGCCAAUCAAAGUGAAAAAUAAACAUUUGGGAUCAAAACAAUGGUUCAGGAAUGUACCCUCAGGAAAGGAGCUGAAGGAGUUCCAGCAGCUAGUUGAUCACAUCAUUGAGCAGAGCAAGCAGUUUGUCGAUGAGAAAGUGAGAACAAGAUCUGAUUACCAUAAAACAUACACAAUAGAGUUGCUUUGCAAGGUAGACAAAAUCCUGGACAGGCACAUGAAUCUGGGAACAACUGCUGAAUUUCAGGCCAAGCUGAAGAUCCACAUUUGUGGACAUGCAGCACGGGAGUUUCAAAAAAUGCAUCUGGCUUUCACCCAUGCAAAUGAUCCUCGUCACUGUCUGGAACAGUUCAAGCAACAGUACUACACAGAUUUUAAGGACCUGUUCAACAAAAGAGACCAGUAUCAGAAGAAAGCCAAAGAUUUCACUGUUAACUGUCUUCAACCUGCGGUGAAGGAAUGCAUCACCAAAUCUCUGGGCCCUGACCUUGUGGAUGAAAUGUUGGCAGGGCAGAAAGCCAUUGCUUUCAGCACUCAAACCUUCUUCCAGUUCUCAAUCCUUGAGCAGCUGCUUAAGGGUAAUAACUUUUGGGACUAUGUGAGAUACAUAAAUAAUUACGAGACCUUUGUACAUGACUGGAUAUUGAAGCUGAUGGUGAAGCAGUUCUUGGAGGGAGAUAGCCUCAGGAACAUUGAGAUGAAUCGCCUGAAGGAGAUGGUUGGCAUAAUAAAAAAAGCCAUUCAGACCUCACAGAUGAAGACAGCUGAACAGGCAGCAGGAAGGGGUGAGGAGGCCCAGAACAUUCAGCAGUUGAUUCAGGAUAUCUGUAGUGACUUAGGGAAGAAGCUUGUCAUCCCCAAAGACCCCCUCAGAGCAGUCCUGGCCUUAAACUCUGCCAAACCAGAAGAAUUUUCCCAGUGUCUGGAGCUGCUUGUGGAUGAAAUGGAACAGGCCUUUACAGAAGAGUUUCAGAAAGGUGGAGAUGUGAGGGCCAGGCUGACCUCACUGCCCUUUCAGCCACAGAAGGAGCUGUUUAACAGGGUGUUUGGCUGUGGGGAGCAGUGUCCCUUCUGCAAGACCCCCUGUGAAGCUGGUGGCAAGAGCCACACAGAGCACUUUGCUUCCAUUCACCGUCCUGAGGGGAUCGGGAGAUACAGAUAUGAAAAUUCCUGGAAAUUAUCAUGUCACAUCUGCUCCACCAGUGUUGCCAGUGGGAAACAAUUCAUGUCAGCUGCAACAGACGGAAAAUGGCAUCCAUACAAGGACUAUCGGAGCAUUUACCCUGACUGGCUCAUCCAGCCUGACACCAGCUUCCAGGCCUCAGUCUACUGGAAGUACAUCUUCAGCAAGUUUAACAAGCAGUUUGCAGAGGAAUAUAAAGCAAUGCCUGCUCAUAUUCCCCAGCAAUGGAGAUAUAUAACCCAGGAACAAGCCAUGGAAAACCUGAAGAAAUCCUUCUUGAUGAAAACAGGAAGAGAUUAAAUUGAAUGGAUUACACAUCCCCUGUUUCAGUAGGGUUGAAAAUGCAUCCUCUGAGUGGAAUUAAUAUCAAAUAAUCUACUCACAGGCAAGACUCAUAAUGGCUCAGCAAAACAGAGCCCCAGCCAAGUUGAAUGGCAAGAACAAACAACAAGUUUUAUACAAUACAAAUAAAAGCACUCAUCAUUUUAAAAGGGGACAGUUGAAUUCAAUCAUCACUAAUGUUGGGAAAGAGUGUGAAUUCCUGAUCACUGACACAGACACUGCUGAAUAUCUGCAGCCUCCCCUGAGUCUUAUCUGGUUCUAUGAGAGAUAAUACCAUCAGCAGCUCAUUGUACUCAUAAAAUCAUAUUCAUACUGUAAAGUGAUAUUGCCUCGAUCAUUACCUAUGCAGCAUUUAUCUGUACAAAUCCUGCCUUUGAAUCAUCAAUGCUGAUCUCUUUCCAUUGUUCCAUUCAAUUGGAUGGUAAAUAGGCUGUGAUAUUUCAACAGUUUAAAAGAGUUAAUUUCAUAUUGUCACCUCUAUAUUAAAAAAGAUUUUUUUUUACAAAAAUCCCAAUUGUGUGUUCUAUCGCGUAAAUCAUUCUUAUAAUUAAAGCUUAUAACCUUCAUGUGUCUUUAGCAAUUAUCAGCUUUACAUCACUGCUUGCUUAGGUGUUCAUUACUUCCUGCCUUGUUGAUCUGUUAUGUGUUUGAUAAUCAUCACUUUAUGUUUUAUGUCACUAUUAUGACAAUAUUUUUCCAUUUAGAAAAUUGAAUUGAAACUUUGUUUUGCAUCUUUGUAAAACUAAUGAAUUUCUCC